AUGGCAGCCGCUUCCAAGUCCUCCAUCUUCCUCCUCUUCGCCGUCUUCGUUGCCGUCUCGCUCUCCAACGUGGAGGUUGGAAUGGCGGCCCGCCAGCUUCUCCAGCUACCUGACCUUCCUGCCGUCGGAGGCCUCCCUGUCACCGUCCCGACUCUGCCCGUGGUGCCCAAGCUGCCCGUCCCUGCCGGCGUCGUUCCCACCAUUCCUGCUGUGCCCAAGGUCGGCUUGCCGCCGGUUGGUGGAGGCGUCGCUGGCGUUCCGGUGGCAAUUCCGAACAUUCCCGGGGUCACUCCUUCGGUCGGAAACUAA